GGCAUCCUCUUGGGGGCGGGGGUUCUUUGUGGGGAGAGCACUGAGCUGAGACUCCAGCAUCCCAGGGAGGAGUACCCUGGGCCUGUGGCACUUGCCCCUUCUCUUGUGGAGAUGCUUUUCCCCCAACCAGGUAUUGUCCACACCAGUAGCAGCUGUGCCCACCUUGAUGUCAGAAGCACUGCCCCAGCACCGUCCCGCUCCUCUGGCUCCUUGCUUCUGACUCCUUCAGGACUUGCGCCUCCUUGGUGCCACAGCAUGGUCCCUCCUGGAGGGUAUCAGCUCCUCCCCUGACUAAGGUCCCAACCCCUUUGGUAUGGGAUUUGGGGAGGGCGUCACUUCCUUAAGGUGUAGAGUGCCUUAUUUAGGAAUGUGAACCAUGAGAUGACUUCUCCCUCCAGCCUCUGACCCUCUGUUGCACACUUGGGUGGAAGGAGGGAGUGUAAAGUCUUGUCCCUGAUGAAGUAGGGGCUUUUCUGUGCUGGCGUGUUGGAGCCAGUGCUCACUCUUGGUCAACAUCCCUGCAUGCUGCAUUUUGGUGUCUGGGCCCUGGUAGAAGGACGCUGGAUCAAAGCGUCUGUCUCCAAGGGAGUAUGAAGAGAGUGCGUCUGUAGGGCAGGGAAGAUGGCGGACAAGCGCAAACUCCAAGGUGAGAUUGAUCGCUGCCUUAAGAAGGUGUCCGAGGGUGUGGAGCAGUUUGAAGAUAUUUGGCAGAAGCUCCACAACGCAGCCAACGCGAACCAGAAAGAAAAGUAUGAGGCUGACCUAAAGAAGGAGAUUAAGAAGCUACAACGGCUGAGGGACCAGAUCAAGACAUGGGUAGCAUCCAAUGAGAUCAAGGACAAAAGGCAGCUUAUUGACAACCGCAAGCUUAUCGAGACGCAAAUGGAACGGUUCAAAGUUGUGGAAAGAGAGACCAAAACCAAAGCCUAUAGCAAGGAGGGCCUGGGCCUGGCACAGAAGGUGGAUCCCGCCCAAAAGGAAAAGGAAGAGGUUGGCCAGUGGCUCACGAAUACCAUCGACACCCUAAACAUGCAGGUGGACCAGUUUGAGAGUGAAGUGGAAUCGCUGUCAGUGCAAACGCGCAAGAAGAAGGGCGACAAGGAUCAGAAGCAGGACCGGAUUGAGGGCUUGAAGCGGCACAUCGAGAAGCACCGCUACCACGUGCGCAUGCUGGAGACCAUCCUGCGCAUGCUGGACAAUGACUCCAUCCUCGUGGAUGCCAUUCGCAAGAUCAAGGAUGAUGUUGAGUACUACGUUGACUCCUCUCAGGACCCUGACUUUGAGGAGAAUGAGUUCCUCUAUGAUGACCUGGAUCUCGAGGACAUUCCACAGGCGCUGGUCGCCACCUCCCCCCCCAGCCACAGCCACAUGGAGGACGAGAUCUUCAACCAGUCCAGCAGCACGCCCACCUCAACCACCUCCAGCUCUCCCAUCCCCCCCAGUCCAGCCAAUUGCACCACGGAGAACUCUGAAGAUGAUAAGAAGAGAGGACGCUCGACAGAUAGUGAAGUCAGCCAGUCUCCAGCCAAAAAUGGUUCCAAGCCUGUCCACAGCAACCAGCAUCCCCAGUCCCCAGCUGUGCCACCCACCUACCCCUCUGGUCCCCCGCCUGCCGCCUCUGCCUUGAGCACCACCCCUGGCAACAAUGGGGCACCUGCCCCAGCAGCACCCCCAAGUGCCCUGGGCCCUAAGGCCAGUCCAGCUCCCAGCCACAACUCGGGCACCCCUGCCCCCUAUGCUCAGGCUGUGGCCCCACCAGCCCCCAGUGGGCCCAGUGCUACCCAGCCCCGACCCCCCAGUGCCCAGCCUGGCGGGGGUGGUGGUGGCGGUGGUGGAGGGAGCGGCAGUAAUAGUAACAGCAGCACAGGUGGAGGGGCUGGCAAGCAGAACGGUGCCACCAGCUACAGCUCAGUCGUGGCAGACAGCCCUGCAGAGGUGGCCCUGAGCAGCAGUGGGGGCAACAGUGCUAGCAGCCAGGCCCUGGGUCCGGCCUCAGGUCCCCACAAUCCACCUCCCAGCACCUCGAAAGAAUCCAGUGCGGCAGCCCCAACAGGGGCUGGCGGUGUGGCCCCAGGCUCAGGGAACAACUCAGGGGGACCCAGCCUUCUAGUGCCACUGCCUGUGAACCCUCCCAGCUCCCCAACGCCCAGCUUCAGUGAGGCCAAGGCAGCUGGUGCUCUGCUUAAUGGACCUCCGCAGUUCAGCACCACCCCAGAAGUCAAGGCUCCUGAGCCUCUGAGCUCCCUGAAGUCCAUGGCAGAGCGGGCAGCCAUCAGCUCUGGUAUUGAGGACCCUGUGCCAACGUUACACCUAACGGAGCGAGACAUCAUCCUGAGCAGCACAUCAGCACCUCCGGCCUCAGCCCAGCCACCCCUGCAACUGUCAGAGGUGAACAUACCACUGUCGCUGGGCGUGUGUCCACUGGGGCCAGUGCCCCUCACCAAGGAGCAGCUCUACCAGCAGGCCAUGGAGGAGGCUGCCUGGCACCAUAUGCCCCACCCCUCUGACUCCGAGCGCAUCCGGCAGUACCUACCCCGGAACCCUUGCCCGACGCCCCCCUACCACCACCAGAUGCCGCCCCCACACUCGGACACCGUGGAGUUCUAUCAGCGCCUGUCGACUGAGACGCUCUUCUUCAUCUUCUACUAUCUGGAGGGCACUAAAGCACAGUACCUGGCAGCCAAGGCCCUAAAGAAGCAAUCAUGGCGAUUCCACACCAAGUACAUGAUGUGGUUCCAGAGGCACGAGGAGCCCAAGACCAUCACCGAUGAGUUUGAGCAGGGCACCUACAUCUACUUUGACUACGAGAAGUGGGGCCAGCGGAAGAAGGAAGGCUUCACCUUUGAGUACCGCUACCUGGAGGACCGGGACCUCCAGUGACACCGGCCCCCUCUACCUGACCCUUCCCCCGCAUGCUGAUCCCCCUGCCCAGGUGAGGGCCCUGCCCUGGAAGACUGGGGAGGCCCCAGGCCAUGGGGCACCCCCUCCCCCAGGAAGCAGGGAGAGGGCCGGGAGGUUUUCUCUUCCUCUCAGCCCCACCCUGGGGGCCCCGGGGGCGAGGGCUGCCCCCUCCUCCCCUCCCCAGUGAGGGACAUUUUUUGGUAAACCUAUUUUCAUUUUGGAAAAUAUUUAUGAAUAAAUAGUUUUAUAUGA